ACACACACACACACACUGUGCGUGCUCGAGCGCUAAAAAUAUUUUCCGCGCUCGUGUUGAGACCAGACGCGUCUCCGUUACGCGCGCGCACUCAGAGGCUCGGAGAUGAACAGUAAGGAGCCGGAGGAGAGCUCGGAGGAGGACCUGGACAGCGUGAAGGCGCUCACCGAGAAGCUGAAGCUGCAGACGCGCAGACCCUCUUACCUGGAGUGGCAGGAGCGCGUGCGCAGCGGACCGUGGAACGGCUGCCGAGACGCGCGCGAAGCGAACGUAACCGCAGAGCGCGAGGACCGCGACGGCCCACGAGACAUCUGUGGCUUCCGGUCCAUGGACGACGCGCUGCAGUGGCUCCGAAGCGAACUGAGGGAGAUGCAGCUGCAGGACCAGCGGUUGGCGCGUCAGCUGAUCCGUCUGCGUGGUGAGCUGCACCGGCUGAAGGUGGAGCGUGUGUGCGAUGGACAUCGGGAGAUGCUGGAUGACGCGGCGUUCGAGCUUGAGGAGUGGGGUGAGGAGUGUGACCUGCUGUGUGACGUGCCGCUCAAGGCCGCCUUCACCCUGUCCACACCGCUCAAGCACCUCGGCCUCACCAAGAUGAACCUCAAUGCCCGCCGUUUCUCCCUCUGCUGAACAACUCCGGAUCCUCGAAGAGCGAACGAUCUCACGAGCUACAAAUAGAACACGUAAGAGAUCGAGUCUUCUGUUCACAGCUCCUGAAGAUCUAAAGAUCUGUAGCUUUAAUGACGUCAGUGUCCAACACUUCUGAAAGCCAUAAUGCGUUUGAGAUGGGGUCUGCAGCAUACAAAAGCUACAGAAUUGUCAUAAAAGAAAAAAACAAACAGGCUGAGCUUCCAUAUUUUCGCUCUUGGAGAUCAGGAGUCUGUGAUUUUGCUAAUGUUCCAGGGUUGAAGCUCAGCGUAACCUUAAGGUUUUCUUUGCUAGAGAACGUGACGCCUUAAAAACACCCUUAUAAAGACCUUAAAAUACAGAUAUAUUACAAGCUACAGAAAAGCUACAGGAUUAAAUUAAAUUAAAUUUACAUUUCAAGCACUGCCAGACCGUCUCUGCUGGGAAUUUGGUUAGGCUGACCCUGACCUUUGACCUCCAGCUUCCUUUCAAAUUGGGGUGACAAGAUGAAAACAAGAAAUACAACGGCACCAUUGUUGAUAAACAUGUACUAACCGUCCUCAAAGCAAAUGAGGAUCAACAAAUUUAAUAAUAAUAAAAAAAAGACGAAUGGUGGCUGGAGAACACCAUUCCCAAGGAUAUAAGCCAUAACGCCUACCAAAGAUAAACCAAGCCUCAGAUUGUGGACACUAAUCUUCUUGAGCUCAACUUUUGGGACUCCAAUGUCUGUCAUGUGGCCUUAAUAUUGAGUGUCAUAACAUCAUGGGUGUAAAUAACAGUAAGAAAGUCAAUAGAACCGAUGAAGAACAUCAUAUAAGUAGAUUAAGGUGUGUGUUCUGUUCAGGUCAAAUUAAUGUUUUUUUAUUAUUAUUUUUUUUUACUUAAAGCGGAACCAUACAAAAAUUAUUCUUCUUUUUCUUUCGUUCCAGCAUUAAAGUUUAUGCGCUUAGCUCAUUUUCUCUAUUGAACAAGGACUUUCUGUAUAUUACACGGGUUACGUUCAGGCGAUUUCGACCCGAGAACGAAACAGAAAGUGAAGUAGUUAAUUAGUGGUUCAACUGACACCAACGGCUUGUUACAAAAAUACUCGAAUGUCACAUUACCGAAACAGAACACAAGACCACAAAUAACACCGUCACUGUUUACGGAAAUAACGAAGUAGUUUUGGGUCAAGCAAAAGAUCCCAGUCUCUAACAUUUCCAUAACUACAAAAGGUAAAAACCCUGAAAUAUUUGACUGAGAUCAAGGAGGCCCUUGACAAUAGCGAUUUUGAAUACUGGCUUCUGAUUGGUCAGAAGGUGCUGAUUAAAUUUCUCUAACAGCAGCUCUGACAGUAGUGCAGCUGUUCAUAUUAAAGCGCUUGCUCUGAUACGUCAUCAUUUCUAAAGUAACAGCUCAUUCACAGGGACUUGCGUAAACCGUGUGUAAUCAUUGAUAUGGGUUUUCUGUAAAGAGACCUCAGUGUCAGCGCUCUGUAUCCGUCAGACGGAAAGCUGUAAUCUUACGAGGUUUCAGACGCCUCUAGGACAGAGGAGUUUACACUGCAGAGCUGUUUAUACUGUAGCUGCUAUAACAUAAGUGAUAGCAGGAACCUGACUUGUUUCCUAGACAUGCGGCAAACAGUAAACGCACAACUAUAAAUGAAUAAAAAAAAGUAUGACCAUUCUUUAACGGAUGUAAUUGUUGGCAAGUUUCUGUAAUAUAAGGCGAAUAAAACACUUUGGGAUGUGCUGUAUUUGGAAAUUAGUCAACACCCCAUCGUUAGUUAAUUCCUUAUACUGUAAGUGCACUCCUCUAGGGAAGUUCAGGCUUCAUGUACUUUGUUGUCACCAUGAAACCUAAUAUGGGCCUGUAAAAUUACUUGAGUUGAUGAAGAACACAGUGAUGCUUCUCCUGACAUCAGCUGAACACCGAUGUAAUUCCAGUCAUGAAGAAAGACAUGGACGUGAUCGUUGGCAUUGAGAUCGAAACGUCGAAACAGACAUCGUUCGUGGAGCUGGAUUGAUUCUCACUCUCUUUCCUUCUCAUCCCGAUCUGGCGGCUUCCCAAAAAUCCUGCUCAGAAUUCCGGACACUCCAUUACUUAAGCCCAAAAAUAACUAUAAGAGUCAGAUACGGGGAGAGAUUAGUUACAGCUUGUACGCUGGACAAAAGACAAGCCGAACUGUUUAUCAUAUUGUUAAUAAAACCACAACUGUUCUAAAAUAAAUAAAUAUAUAUUUUUUUCCUUUCCAUGUUAAUGGAAAUGGGCAGUGGUGGCUCAGUGGUUAAAGGCUCUGAGUUAAUGAUCAGAAGGUCAUGAGCUCAAGUGCCAGUACUGCCAAGCUACCAAUGUUGGACCCUUGAGCAAGGCCCUUAACCCUCACCUGCUCAGUUGUAUAAAUGCCAUAAAAUGCAAAUGUAAAAAAUGUUAAUAAUGAUGGCUGAAUGUGCAAAAGACUACAUGCUUUCAAUAAACUCACUAUGAAGCCCAA